GGAGAAAUACAAGGCAGAGAGGAAGGGAGAAGAGAAGAAAAGGGAGAGGUGUUGAAUGUGGCGACUGCAUGGUGUAACCCGUGUCCAGGGGCUGAGUGAGUGGGUGGAUGUAAAACGCUCCUCCCACCUGCUCUCACCUCCACUCUCCUCACUGUGCCCCCCUGAGUCCGAUGGCAAAGCAUGACCCGAACGAUGCCCCUCCUCCAUACUAUUCUGUUGCAGUGCAUACUCAGCCCCCCCUCAAACCCUGUGAGGAGGUGGUGGUGUAUGGAGGGGGUACUGGUGUGAACCUCCCAAAUCAGCUGCAGUACAUCCCCCAGUAUGCUCCAAGUGUGGGAAUUCCUCCCAUCACACAGCCGAGCAUACCUCCCAGCAGUAAAAAGAAGAGAUGCUAUGGGGGUAGGACCCAGUGUUAUGGAGGGUCAGGGGCCACGGUGCUGCUGCUCAUUCUACUGGCACUGGCCAUCUGGCUUGGAGUACGAUAUGGUGCCAGGUUGGCAACAACAGCCAUCCUUUAUGAUGCCAGUGACAAUGAUGGUGACGGGAGAGAUGAAAUCCAAUCUAAUGUGCCAAGAUAUGACACCUGCUCCAACACUACUGUCCAGUGUGACGCCAUGAAAGACUGCCAACUGGGUACCGACGAAACCAACUGUGUGAGGUUCAGCGGGGAUGGUUCUCUGCAGGUCAGGACAUCUCAGGAUGGCCGCUUCCUUCCGGUGUGUUACCACGGCUGGGACCAGAGCUACGCCGACCAAACCUGUGCUCAGCUAGGCUUCAGGAAGUCCUAUGACACCAGAGAAGUUAAUUCUCAGCCAUCCAUUGGUCUCACGUUGACCAGCAGGUCCUCUUUACCUAUUCAGGGUCGUGUCAAUAUCAGCUCUUCCUGUCCAGACCAGAAGACCGUCUCCCUGCAUUGUGUGGACUGUGGUCGGCAGCAGUCUACCUCCAGGAUCAUAGGGGGCAGUGUCGCCAAGCUGGGCCAGUGGCCCUGGCAGCUAUCGCUCCACUAUCAAGGCUUCCACACCUGUGGAGGGGUGCUGAUUUCUCCUGACUUCGUGAUUACAGCUGCCCACUGCUUCCCAAGGUCUACUCCUUCAGCUAUGAAUUCUGGGUACUGGCGUGUGUAUGGGGGCGUGGUUUCUCAAGAUAAACUCCCUAAGCCCUACCUGCUGGAGAAGAUCCUCCUCAACGAGAACUACAACAACAAGACCAAUGACUGGGACAUUGCGCUUCUUAAACUGAUGGCACCUGUCGAUUUCAAUGAGUUAAUCCAACCAGCCUGUCUCCCAGCCUUUGACCAGAGCUUCUCUGCUGGGACCAGAUGCUGGACCUCAGGUUUUGGCACCACCAAAGAAGGAGCAGCCAGUGGCUCCAGUGAGCUGAUGGAGGUGACUGUGAACAUCAUUGAUGUGCGUGUGUGUAACAGCAGCUUGGUGUAUGACGGUUCUGUGUCCAAAAACAUGAUGUGUGCAGGGGACCUAAAUGGAGGCAAGGACUCGUGUCAGGGUGACAGUGGAGGUCCUCUGGUCUGUCAAGACAAUAACCGCUGGUACCUGGUGGGCGUCACUAGCUGGGGGGCUGGCUGUGGUAGGAGGCACCAGCCUGGGGUUUACACCAAGGUCACCAGCGUACUGUCAUGGAUCUACAGCAAGAUGCAGCAAGAGAGGCCGUGAUGCCCCAUUUCUUGUUUUUUUUGUUUGUUUGUUUUUUUGGCAUCCGAACCUGCUUUCUUCAAAAGACCGCUGGCGGCCUGCUUUCUCCCUUUCCCGGUGAACCCUGCACUAUGAAGUCAUCUCAGACGGACGGAUUGAUGCGCAGACAGAGAAACAGACAGAUGGAGAAGUGGUUUAAUGUUGGCUUGGAGACAUAGCAGGAAGGCAACAUGCACUUUAACACAGCGCUGCUGUUAUAUGGUGCUGCACCACUAUGCUAAUUCUGCUAUAAUUACAUGGGAUGUCAUGUCGACUUUCAACCCAGCUUUUAUGAGUAUUACACGACUUUGAUUUGAAUCUCUACACUAACACCGGUGUUGCAUUCGUGAAUGAUUUUACGGUUCCGUCUCUUUGUCUACAAGAGCAAGGACAUUUAAAGAUGGCUGGGCCCUCUCCUUUCUUUCUUAAUGCCAAUUAAAUUAUGUCUACUCUUGUGAUACCUUUGAUUUUGAUUUUGAGUCAAUCUGAUAACCAGACUACAUGACUAAUUUUAUUUGUGCAGCUGUUUUUUCUUCUCAGUCACAUAAACCAAGGUACAUUAUGAAUGUUGACUGUUGUUCCCUUUAUGAACAAUGAAUAAAUUGUAAGGUUUAAUUGCAAAUCUAUAAGCUACUAUGGAGCCAUUUCUACCCAACAAUGCUCCCCUUUGUGUACACCUAACAUAACAUUCACCCAGUCUCAUAAAUGUACGGUAAUGUACUUGUUAACACCAGUAAAACACCGGUUUGGAUUGUUUCUUGCUACAUAUUCUUAUCCGU